UCUCCGGUCAGAACCACCUGUCACCUCCAACGACACGGAAAUCGCGCGCGCGUGGAAUCUUUUUGUGCCGAGUGUCAAUUGGAGUUAGCCCCUUGGUCAGCCGAUUUCGCAUCCGAUUUCGUACAUCCGUCCGGACAAGAUAUGGCCAAAUACUCGAUACUGCUGCUGCUAAUCGCUGCAGUUGCGCAGGAACUCACUGUAACGGCUGCGCAAGAUUUGCCCGAAGGCUUUCCCAAGUGCAAACGGGAUGCGAACUUUGACAAGUGCCUGGUGGACGCGGUCAAUGUGGCGAUACAGCAGCUGAAAGCUGGCAACAAGGAGUUCGGAAUCCCACCCCUCGAGCCGCUGACCGUGAAGAAACUCGUUAUAGACGCCGGCAAUGCGCCAAUAAAUCUGCGCCAGGCCUUGAAGAAUGUGAAGGUGCACGACAUGAUCUCCACCAGCAAGAUUCAGCGGUACAGAACCGACCUGGAUAAGCACUUGAUUAUCUGUGAUAGCCAAACGGACCGUAUUGAGAUGAUCGGCGACUACGAGAUGUCUGGCCGCAUCCUUUUGCUGCCCAUCACGGGUCAUGGAAAGGCCAAUGUCACGCUGAUCAACACCAAGAUCGAGCAUCGCCUGAUUGGCGAGCCCUUCGAGAAGGAUGGCGUCAAGUACAUGCGCCUCAAGGAUUACCGGGUGUCAUUCGAUCCCAAGAGGGUGUACAUGAACUUCGAGAACCUUUUCAACGACAAAACCCUGUCAGAGGGCAUGAAUCGAUUCCUCAACGAGAACUGGGAGACGGUGUUCAACGAGCUGAAGGUGGGAUAUGCCAAGAGCUUUGGCAUCAUAUUCCGAGAGCUGUCGAACAAACUGUUUGAGAAGGUGCCCUUCGAUAACAUAUUCUUAAGUUAAGAGCUUCCAGCUAUCACUUACCUGUUGGGUAAUGCCUAAUUUAUGUUACUACAUAGUUAAUAAAGGAAUAAAACAUGACACUUUGAUUUA